AUGUCGAACGACACAAACAGAACAACGGUUAAUAUGAAAGAAGAUGGAGGUUAUUCCUAUACAGAUGAACACUCGAUUGUUUACAAGUGGGAAAUAAAUAAAAUUGAAUCAUUUCUCAGGUCCGCCAAGAGUGCAAAAGGGACGCAUGAUUUAGAUUCUCCAGAGUUUUCGGCGGGUGCAAAGAUAAAAGAUUUAUGGUAUGUAAAACUUCGAAUUCAAAAUGAUGAUGCCUCAUCAGAAAAUAAGACGUGGGUGUCCAUAUAUUUAAAUUCAAAAAAUGGAAAUAGAAAAGUCCAAGCAAAGUAUUUGUCAGGGUAUGGUCCUAGUAAGUUUGUAAACAUAAAUGAGUUGCUGGUGAACAAAAAUAACUUUUUGCCAAAUGAUACACUGACAGUUUGUGUUGAAUUAAUUGUUUAUGAUGAAUACAUUGCAGUCAAAAAUUCAAAUAAUUUAUUAGAAGGUUGUAAGCGAAAGUUAAGCGAUGAUUUUAAAGAUUUUUUUGAAACUAAGAAGAAAUGUGAUGUCGCUAUUAAAGUCGGUGACAAGGAAUUUUGUGCUCAUAAAAUGAUUUUGAUUGCUCGCAGCAGCGUAUUUGAGGCUAUGUUUUCGCAUGAUAUGAAAGAGAACAAGGAAAAUGAAGUAACGAUACCUGAUAUUGAUCCUGAAGUUUUCAAAAAAGUUCUUGAUUACAUUUACACUGACAGAGUUGAUGACUUAAUCAGUUUUGCAGAAAAACUAUUGGAAGCGGCUGACAAGUAUCAGCUUCAAGGACUCAAAGACUUGUGCGAAUGUUCCCUAUCUAAAACUUUGACUCCUGGAAAUGCUGUUAAAAUUUUAAUUUUGGCAGACCGUCAUUAUGCAAAACGAUUGAAAGAAGUCGCAAUCGAUUUUAUCACUAACAAUUGGCUCAAGUUUAAAAAUACUAAAGAGUUCAAGGAAUUGGAAAAGGCUGAUGCGUCUCUUGCAUGUUCUGUACUAAGAAAGGUUGCUGAUAAAGUUCAAAAUUAG